AUGACAAAUUGUCGCGCGUACGAUGGAAUAUUUAGGUUGAAAGGGAGCAGAUUAGAAUUUGGUGCAAUUGAAGCUGGAAGAGAGUGGGAAGGUGAACAUGGAAGAAAAUAUAUUAGAGAUAGCUUGAAAUUACGUAAAAUUCUUCAUGAUAUGUUAAUUCAACUUUCAACCGAAUGCGAUGCAAAUCAGCUACAACUUCUGACUAUGGACAGUCCAAUGGGAUAUGUCAGUCGAAUUCAGCAUCAUGAGUUUCGGGAGAUUACUGGUUAUAUAAAUAAACCACUAUUAGGAUUUGUUUUAAAAGAUAUAUUAAGAGCAAGAUCAACUAUUACACAGGCAUUAGAAUUAAUUCAGGAGAGUAGAUCUAACAUCAACAAUCUUGAUGAUUCCGAUUCUCCCUCACAGACAAAACAGCAUGCAGAUAGUAAUUUACCAAAAGAUCGUCUUCCAUUGUAUAAUAAUUUUUUUCCAGAAUUGGUUCAAAUUCAAACUUAUUUGGAAGAUUUUUCUUUAUGUGAAAAGCAUUAUAACCAAUUAAUUGUAUCUGAUUUUUUUAAUGAUUUUGAUAAUGAAUUUGGCGAAAGACAGACCCGUACGCAGUAUACUUGUGAUGAAAAUACAUGUGAAAUUGGGGUACAAGCUAGUGCACAAACUAACGAGGUUGGUGUACAAGUUAAUAAAGAGACCCAUGAGGUCGGCAUCCAAACAUUUGAUACUAUGUUGCAUAUUCUUGAAAAUCAUGUUUGCUUAUUUCAAUUAGAGUUAGAUUCGAAAAUAAAUGAGAUAAAUGACCUUAACAAACAGUUAGAGUAUGUAUACGAUUAUGUAGUAGAGACGAUUAUUGAUUCAUUACUCAAUUCCAUCAAUCUUUCCGAUCGUCCAAAUUAUCGUGGUUUGCAACAAAAAUCUUGUAGCCAAUUGCAAGAAAUUUUACAAAGUAUUAGAGACCUACACAAGAAUCAAGAUGAUCUUGAAAAUGAGAUAGACCUACACAAGAAUCAUGAUGAUCUUGAAAACGAGAUAGAGCUAGAAAAUUAA